AUGUCAUUCCUCUUCGGUGGUGGUCGGCCUCAGCCGUCAUCUGCAGAGAAGAUUGCUGCAGCAGAAGCUGAGAUCGAGAUGGUCUCUAACAUGUUCAACCAACUCGUCGAUACGUGCACGAAGAAAUGCAUACCGCCACAGUACCGAGAAGGCGAAUUGAACAAGGGCGAAUCCGUGUGCUUAGACCGCUGCGUCUCGAAAUUCUUCGAAGUCAACAUUAAGGUCUCGGAAAAGAUGCAAGGCGAGGCGCAGGCAAGACAGGGCGGUGGCGGAAUGUUUGGUCAUUAA